AUGGAAUCUGGUGAUGCUUCAGAAUUGAAGCGGAAAGCUUUGAAUCCUUCAGCUUCCAGGAGAGAGCAAGCUGGUAACGCGGAAAGUAUUGAUGCGUCGUCAGCUAAUCCAUCAGAGCCAUCGGGUGAAGCUGGUUCGCGUUCAAACGCAGUGGCAAUCUUAUUGCCUGCUGACAACUAUAUCCUUUUUGGAAGAGGGAAGUCUUGUAAUAAUCAUCCAGGGAACAAAGAGAUGCGGCGCAACAUCGAAAGGUAUAGAGACCAAUAUCAAUUGUCGGCUCGCGGCGAGAAGUAUAAGCUGGUGAGGAAAGUUUACGACGAGCUGGUGGAGGCAGGCAUGAAGUUCUUGAAGCCUGCAGAGGGCCAAGAUGGAUGGGUGGAAGUAGAUGCUGAAGCUGCGAUACUAAAGGUGGGCCAUGCACUCAGGAGUUCAAGGGGCGGGAGCACUUCGAAAGCUGCAAAGAGUGGGCAUGUUCCUGUGGGCGAUGGGGAUUUCCCUGGAACCAAUACCGGAGCCAAUGCUGGGGAAUCCUUGCAAAAUUCUUCUAUAGCUGCUCCAACUGGAACUGUGCAACAGCAGUGGGCUGGACUCCAAGGGCUUCCAGGUUGGUCGUCGCAAAUGUCAACCAGCUUGCCAACAAGCACCGGCUUUGCACAAGAAGGCGCUGGUGAAGCUUUGCAACAUUACUUGACUGCCGCGCAAAGUGGAAACGUUCAAGAACAAAUACCUGGACUUCAGGCUGCAAUUCAGGCCCUGACAGGUUUGCCAACACCGGGUGGAAGAGGUGCAUCAAUGGGUGAUAGUCUGCUGCCUCAAGAUACAGCCGGAAUCGGGGGGAAUGACACAUUAAAUAUAUUGGAACACUAUCGGAAGGAAAUGGAGCUAGAAGGACUACGAUCGUGGUUGUUGGGGCCUAACGGUCCAACGACACUAACCAACGCUCUCUCGUCCCUGAAUCCAAACGAGCUCUAUGCAAUGGCCGAGCAUGACGAACAGCUUCGCCAACUGUUGAUGCUUUACGUAUCCAGAAAGACUGGAGCAUAUUCGGGGCAAUCAGGAGAGGGAGGCUCAGGUCCCUUCGACCCACGUGGAUAUCACCAAUAA